UUCAUUUAAUUUCCAUUUGCGCAUUUUUGUAACUCUUUCUCCACAUUCUCUCUUUCUCUCCUUCAAUUCAACAAUGGAAUAUUUUCAACACCCUUCGAUCCGCGUCGUUUUUGGAUCACACAACACCACAUUCCAAUUCAUCUUCCUUCAACAUUUUCAAGCCUGAUCAUCAAAACGACACGCCGUUUCGCUCUUCUUCUUCUUCACCGAUUUGAUUGUGAUAGCAAAAAAAGGAGAAUUAAAGCAAGAACUAGAAGACUUGUUUUGGUAGAAAAUUUUAUUGAAAAUUUGUGGAUUGAAAAUUUGAGGAUUGAAAAAUUGAGGAGGUGAAAUUGGGGAAUGAACAAUGUCUACUAGGAAUGAACAACAUCAAACGGUUCCGCUUUCGGUUCUUUUGAAGCGUGAAUUGAUGAAUGAGAAAAUUGAGAAGCCUGAGAUUUGUCAUGGUCAAGCUGGACAAAGCAAGAAAGGAGAGGAUUUAACAUUGCUGAAGGCUGAGUGCCAGAGGAUGGUUUCUGAUGGGGUCUAUACGUAUUCUGUUUAUGGGCUAUUUGAUGGACACAAUGGAUCUGCUGCUGCUAUUUAUUCUAAGGAGAAUCUUCUAAAUAAUGUUUUAAGUGCAAUUCCUCCCGAUCUUAAUGGAGACGAGUGGUUAGCAGCAUUGCCUAGAGCUUUGGUUGCAGGCUUUGUCAAAACUGAUAAAGAUUUUGCACAGAAUGGACAAAAAUCAGGAACAACUGUCACCUUUGUGAUCAUAGAAGGAUGGGUUGUUACGGUUGCAUCAGUUGGCGAUUCCCGCUGCGUACUAGAAUCUUCUGAAGGCGGGAUUUAUUACUUGUCAGCAGAUCAUAGGCUAGAAACAAAUGAAGAGGAGAGGGUUCGUAUCACUUCUAGUGGGGGUGAGGUUGGUCGUUUAAAUACAGGGGGAGGUGCAGAGGUUGGUCCUUUGAGAUGUUGGCCCGGUGGCUUGUGCCUUUCACGAUCUAUUGGAGAUAUGGAUAUUGGUGAAUUUGUUGUCCCUGUACCACAUGUAAAACAAGUGAAGCUGUCCACUGCUGGAGGCCGGCUUGUUAUCUGCAGUGACGGUGUUUGGGAUUCUUUACCUGCAGAAGUGGCUCUUGAUUGUUGUCGUGGCAUGUCAGCAGAGGCUGCUGCACCACAGAUUGUAAAAGAAGCUUUACAAGCUAAGGGACUUAGAGACGAUACAACCUGCAUCGUUGUUGAUAUAUUACCUCAGGAGAAGCCACCUGCUCCCGCGGCACAACAAAAGAAGCCAGUAAAAGGAAUGCUCAAGGCCAUGUUUCGUAAAAAGUCUUCUGAAUCAUCUUCUACGGACAAAGAAUACAUGGAGCCAGAUGUGGUAGUGGAGUUGUAUGAGGAAGGCUCUGCUAUGCUUUCAGAGAGAUUAGAGACAAAAUAUCCACUCUGCAAUAUGUUCAAGUUGUUCAUAUGUGCAGUAUGUCAAGUAGAAAUAAAACCUGGAGAGGGUAUUUCAGUACACGAGGGUGCAUCAAACCCUCAAAACACGCGCCCAUGGGAUGGCCCUUUCCUUUGCUUUAGUUGUCAGGAGAAGAAAGAAGCCAUGGAAGGAAAAAGAUCAUCAGAUAGACUUAGCAGCGGAAGCGACGAAUGAACUCUCAUGUACAUUUGCAUUUUGUGAGAGUGAUCAUAAUCGUUCAUUCCAUGGGAAAUUCGAACCUCCUAGCGACAGUGUCUCCCUUCUAUUAUCACAGGGGCUUUAUGAAUCUAAUUUGGAACUCCUCAUGAAAAUACAAAUGAAAACCAACAGCACCUUGUUAGAAGAAUUCUAACAUGGAAGUUUGAAAUGGCAACCACCCAAGUUUUGUGAAAGGUUGAGUUAUAAGUAACAGUUUACAACAGUAAGUGGGAGUUUAUUCAUUCUUUUUUACAUAUAUAUUUUCCUGGGAUCUCUUCAAUGUAUAUGGGUCAAUUGGAAUCACAUUUAUAUAGAACCUUUAAUGAAUGUGGUCUUCCACAAAUGUAAUAUGGUAUAGGGAGUUUAAUUAGUAUUCAAUAUUCAUAGGUCAAUUAUACUGUAGGAUAGAUGUAUCAUGUCAUGUGUGUACCAUUUGAAUGGUUUAUUCUUUUUGCAUCA